GGGAUGACCACUCUCAUCCUUCUCUCUGAGUAAAGUAUGGUGCAGAUCUCUUACGAGCAGCGUUGGACUUGGAGCUCGCACAGUUUCUGUGCGCACAGUGCAAAUCAUGGCGAAGGAUGAAGGGGACGAUGUGCUGCCAGACAAGGACGCGGCGAAAGGAUUCUACGCCAAGUACGAGCCCAAGGAGAUCCUAGGAAGGGGAAUAUCUUCCACUGUCAGAAGAUGUAUUGAGAAAGAGACAGGUAGAGAGUACGCAGCUAAAAUUAUAGACAUCAGCAAUGAGACUAACGAGGAUGGGCAUCAUAUGAAGGACGCUACGCUGCAAGAGGUGCAGAUACUUCAUAGAGUUGCUGGACAUCCUUAUAUCAUUGAAUUGCACGAUGUUUUUGAAUCGAACACAUUUAUAUUUUUAAUCUUUGAAUUGUGUAAAAAUGGAGAAUUGUUUGAUUAUCUUACGUCUGUCGUGACACUGUCUGAAAAGAAGACACGUUAUAUCAUGAGGCAAGUGUUUGAAGGUGUUCAACAUAUACAUGAUCAAAGAAUAGUACACAGGGAUUUAAAGCCUGAGAACAUAUUGCUGGACGAUAACUUGAAUGUGAAGAUAACAGAUUUUGGAUUUGCCAGAAUGUUGAAACCUGGUGAAAAGUUAGACGAUCUUUGCGGUACACCUGGCUAUCUAGCACCGGAAGUAUUAAAAUGCAACAUGUUUGAAAACGCAGAAGGUUAUGGAUUUGAAGUUGACAUAUGGGCUUGUGGUGUAAUUAUGUUUACUCUAUUGGUUGGCUGCCCUCCAUUUUGGCAUCGGAAGCAAAUGGUUAUGCUUAGAAAUAUAAUGGAGGGAAAAUAUUCUUUUACAUCUCCCGAAUGGGCUGAUAUAACAGAGGCUCCAAAAGAUUUAAUAAGAAAGUUGCUCGUUGUUGAUCCUAAAAAAAGAAGUACUAUAAAAGAGGCAUUAGAACAUUCAUUCUUCCACACUGUUCUGUGGGAUCAAGACAUCGCUCCUCUAAAACGUUCUCUGUCCUCUAACUCGCGACGUCUGAGUAGGAUAUCUCAGUUAGCUUUGGAAUUGAAGGCCAAAUCGUUCAACGCACGAAAGAGAUUCCAAUUGGCAAUUAUUUGUGUGCGAGCAGUUAUUCGUAUUAAACGACUUCAUAUCACGCCUGAACCGCUUUCAGCACAAAUAACUUAUACUGAUCCAUAUAGGAUAAAAAUUCUGCGGAAGGUGAUCGACGGCUGUGCAUUUCGAGUUUAUGGACAUUGGGUAAAGAAGGGAGAGGGUCAAAAUCGCGCGGCACUUUUUGAAAAUACACCAAAGACAGAACUGAAGCAUCUGUACGUUAAUAAUUUAAGUAGAUAACUAUUAUUGCUCUAGUAAAAUUUUAUUAAAAACAGAAUCUCAAUGGUCUAAUAAAAUAAAUGUU